AUGUCUGGUCGUGGAAAGGGAGGAAAGGGUUUGGGCAAGGGAGGAGCCAAGAAGGUUCUGAGAGACAACAUCCAAGGGAUUACCAAGCCUGCGAUUCGCAGAUUGGCUCGUAGAGGUGGAGUCAAGCGUAUCAGUGGUUUGAUCUACGAGGAGACACGUGGCGUUCUCAAGAUCUUCUUGGAGAACGUUAUUCGUGACGCUGUGACUUACACCGAGCACGCUAGGAGGAAGACCGUGACUGCUAUGGAUGUUGUCUAUGCUUUGAAGAGGCAAGGCAGGACUCUUUACGGGUUCGGCGGUUAAGUGUUUUUUUUUCAGAUUCGCGUUUGCGUUUCUGGGUUUCGUUAGGCGUGUUGUUACGGAAGUUUCUAAUCAAAUCAUGUUUUCAUUAGCGUUUGCGUUUUUAAUUAUGUUUGGGUACGGUCUGUGUGUUGCGGUAGCGUUUCGUUAUAUGUAAUUACGCCUUUUUAUCUAUGAAG